UAUUUUCCCACUUUUUUUCGGGUUUUGGUCUUCGCGAUCCUCUUGGCUCGUCUCUGUCGUCGACCAGUAGAGUCUUCUAUCUUCUUUUCACAGAUCUGCGUCUGGUAAUUUCACGUCGGAAAAGCUUCCAAAAUUUUAUCCCAAAAUCUUUCAGAAGAAAAGCAAGAAAACUUGCCGCUCCACCUGGAAAAAGUUCUGCAUGACCUCUUGACAUUUCUACAAUGUCAGGGUUGCUUAAUUCAUCUUUGAACGGAUCAACCUCAAAUCUUACCGACAACUCUGGGCGCUCCUACACAUCAUUCUCAGCUCAGUCUGGUGCAGCAUCUCCUGUUUAUCAUCACUCCGGAAGUGUGCAGGGGCUGCAUAAUAUUCAUGGGAAUUUCAAUGUUCCCAGUAUGCCAGGUACACUUGGAUCGAGGAACACAAGUAUAAACAUACCUUCAAGCAGUGUUCAGCAGUCCGGGAAUAGCCUUUCUAGUGGUCGGUUCACAUCAAACAAUCUUCCAGUUGCUCUUUCCCAGAUAUCUCAUGGCAGUUCACAUGGUCAUACAGGGAUGACGAGUAGAGGUGGUUUAAGUGUUGUAGGGAACCCAGGGUAUAACAGUAACACAAAUGGAGUCGGUGGUUCAAUUCCUGGAAUUCUUCCAACUUCUGCUGCUAUUGGUAAUCGAAGUGCUGUCCCAGGACUUGGAGUGUCCCCGGUUUUGGGAAAUGCCGGGCCAAGGAUGACAAGCUCAGUUGGAAACAUAGUUGGUGGGGGGAACAUGGGAAGGAACAUUAGCUCUGGUGUACUGUCUGUGCCUGGUCUGGCAUCACGUUUGAAUUUGACUGCCAAUAGUGGUUCUGGAAACUUGAAUAUUCAAGGACCAAAUAGGCUAAUGAGUGGUUCUCUUCAACAAGCUUCUCCACAGGUGAUGUCUAUGUUAGGAACCUCGUAUCCCCCUGCUGGUGGCCCACUAUCUCAAAAUCAUAUCCAAGCAGUCAACAAUCUUAACUCUAUGGGAAUGUUGAAUGAUAUAAAUUCAAAUGAUGCCCCUUUUGAUAUCAAUGAUUUCCCUCAACUAUCCAGCCGCCCUAGUUCUGCUGGAGGCCCUCAAGGACAAAUAGGUUCAUUGCGAAAACAAGGCCUUAGUCCUAUUGUUCAGCAAAAUCAGGAGUUCAGCAUUCAAAAUGAAGAUUUUCCAGCUUUGCCAGGGUUUAAAGGUGGCAAUUCCGAUUUUGCUAUGGAUCUACACCAGAAAGAACAGCAUCAUGAUAAUUCUGUUCCUAUGAUGCAGCAACAUUUUUCUAUGGGAAGAUCUGCUAGUUUUAGCUUAGGAGGAACUUAUUCAUCUCAUCGCCCACAGCAGCAUUCAUCAGUGAGCAGUAGUGGUGUCUCAUUUUCAAAUGUAAAUAAUCAAGAUCUACUUCACUCACAUGGUUCAGAUGUCUUUCAACCAUCCCAUUCAACUUUUCACCAGCAGCCUGGUGCAUCCUCUGGCUUAGGGUUGCGACCUCUUAAUUCUCCAAAUUCUGCUUCUGGUAUUGGUUCCUAUGACCAACUAAUCCAGCAGUAUCAGCAGCACCAAAAUCAACCCCAAUUCCGUCUGCAACAAAUGUCUGCUGUAGGUCAGCCAUACAGGGAUCAGGGCAUGAAAUCCUUACAGCCGCUAGUUACUCCAGACCCAUAUGGCUUGCUUGGUUUGUUAAGUGUUAUAAGAAUGAGUGAUCCCAACCUUACAUCCCUUGCUCUUGGAAUUGACCUGACAACACUGGGAUUGAACUUGAACUCGGCUGAUAAUCUGCACAAGACAUUUGGUUCACCGUGGUCUGAUGAGCCUGCCAAGGGUGAUCCAGAGUUCAAUGUGCCUCAAUGUUAUUACGCGAAACAACCACCUCCUCUGAAUCAAGCGUACUUCUCAAAGUUUCAGUUGGAUACUUUGUUUUAUAUAUUUUAUAGCAUGCCAAAAGAUGAGGCACAACUAUAUGCAGCAAACGAAUUGUAUAACAGAGGGUGGUUUUAUCACAGAGAGCAUCGGUUGUGGUUUAUGAGGGUUACUAAUAUGGAGCCUCUUGUCAAGACCAAUACAUACGAGAGAGGGUCUUAUAUUUGUUUUGACCCAAACACAUGGGAAACUGUUCGUAAGGAUAAUUUUGUGGUACAUUAUGAGACGUUGGAGAAAAGACCUGUGCUACCUCAACAUUAACCUUGGAGAUGUACUUGUCAGUGUAAAUUCUAUAACCGGGUAGUUUUUACCUGUAGUUUGUUUGUUGUUCAGUUUAUCCAUUGUUAGUAGUAUUUGCCUCAUUUGGGUUUAAAUGUAGAUGCUGUAUCUUUUAUUUGAUAAUCUUGAACUGUUAUUAGUUGAA